AUGCACCGGACACAAUCGGAGUUUGAUAACCAGUUGGCGUUCAAAGUGUUUAUAUUCCAGUUCAUCAACUUUUAUUCAUCCAUUUUCUACAUCGCCUUCUUUAAGGGCAGAUUCGUAGGC